AUGCAUCGUCGUCGAAUACAGGAGUUUAGAUCUCUUAAUGAUGUACAUCAGACGUAUGGAUCCACCGAAGCUGGCGGCAUAUCAACGAUGAUAGGUCACGAGGAGUGCCGCCGUCUGAGGUCGGUCGGCAGCCUCUCCCAAGACGUCGAGGCCAAGAUUGUGGAUACUGUCACAGGCCAACCCCUCUCGAUCGGCCAAUCUGGAGAGCUACGGAUUCGAGGCCCUGCAUGCCUGAUAGGUUAUGUGGGGGAUGAGGAAGCCAAUGGGCGGGCUUUUGACUCCAGCGGCUGGCUGAAGACCGGCGAUCUCUGCUACUUCGACGGCGACUGGUUCCUGUUCGUGCUGGACAGGCUGAAGGAGCUGAUCAAGAACAAAGCCUACCAGGUUCCACCGGCGGAGUUGGAGCACCUGCUACAGUCGCUACCAGGAGUCGCCGAUGCUGCUGUGGUUACGUAUCCUGAUGCGGAAGCAGGUCAGAUACCCGUGGCGUUCAUAGUGAGGCAACCAGGCCACGACCUAACAGAAGCACGAGUCAUGGGUUUCGUUGCAGAGAAGGUAGCAGCAUACAAGAAGAAGAUUCGCGGAGUUGUGUUCACGAACUCGAUUCCCAAAACAGCGUACGGGAAGAUCCUGAGGUCCCAACUGCGCAACCAUGUCGAGACUGUGAAGUGGCAGACUACGUACGACACAGUCCCAUGCAUCUUAUGCCAUCUCUAUGGAAUAUGA